UGUCCGCCAUCUUUACGCUGAUCUCUAGAGACAGCUGCUCCAUGUAGCAUGACAGCACCUAGCGGCGGUAACGCAGCGGACCCGCACACUUUGACGUAGUUUGUCAGCCAAACAUGCUCCAACUCUAACUAACACCGACCGAAGCUGCACGUAGUGACGGGGAGAACAUUCAUUCAAAGACAGAAACUUUCGACAUGGCCUACGCCGCCCCACACAAUUUCUCCUGGGUCGAACCAGGAAAACUGGCCGGACUGGCGCUGCCCAGGAUGACAUGUGAGUACCAGUACCUGCUGGACAACGGCAUCAAGCACCUGGUCUGCCUGUGCGAGAGAAAACCACCUUACCACGACUCGUGCCCGGAGCUACAGCUGCACCACAUCAAGAUAGCAGACUUCACUCCUCCUUCGCCCACUCAGAUUGAUAGAUUCCUCUCCAUCGUGGACGAGGCCAACUCCAAGGGAGAGGGCGUUGGAGUUCACUGCAUGCACGGACACGGCAGAACAGGCACCAUGCUGGCCUGCUACCUGGUGAAGACGAGGAAGAUGUCGGGCAUAGACGCCAUCAACGAGAUCCGCAGACUGCGGCAAGGCUCGAUAGAAACUCGCGAGCAGGAGAAGGCCGUGGUGCAGUUUUAUCAGCGCACAAAGUAGGAUGAAAUAACAGAAUCAAACAUCGCUAAAUUAAGAUUUUAUUAUGUCGGGACAGGAAAGAAAAGAAUUAAUGUUUAAAGAACGUGAUGACAACAAUACUGCACCACCAGUACGUCACUAAAAUAAACAUUUCUACUGUAAAUACAAACACAUACUGCCUUUUUUACAUGUAUACUGUCAUUGCUAGCACAUUAUUACUUAUAGAUUAUAUAGACACGUUCCACGUCUGAGGACUUCAUCCGUCGUGUAUUUAUGCAGUGGUCGCCAGGGAAAAGAGGCGCUGGCGCUCCUUGAAUGUGAGCUUUUCAGGAGCCAGCGCUCUACCGAUGUUCCCCUCCUGGUUUCUGUAAAUAAUAAUACGAACAAUGACGUCAGCAGGAAUACUUGAAUUUUAUUUACGCUCGUCUGCAGAUUUAUGUUACUCAGGGAUCUG